UUCAAGUUUGAGAGAGACCCUUCCUUGAGUUGUUAAAAUCUAAGACUAUUUCUACUUGUAGUCUAUCUUCCAAAAUUCCCUAUACUUCUGUAAAGGAAACCAAAACCUAACUUAAUUCCUUUCUCAUCAAGAUUAUGUCACAGCAAGCCAUGCUAAACCAGGAGUUGUUUGAGGAAAAAGAGAUGCCUCAAAUGGGUUUCUUUACUUUCCCUCAAACCCUCACUUCAUAUCCUCCUCCAUUUGGUUGCCUCAAAGCUUUCAAUAUUGCACCUCCUCCUGCUAAUCUAACUGAAACCCUCUUCUCUCAUCCAAAGCAUAGAGAAGAAGACUCAGGUUCUGAUUUUGCAGGACCCCAACUCCUUUCCUUGCACAGUUCCACUCCAAACCUAUGGGCAUGGGGAGAGGUAAACGAGUGUCUGGGAACCAAGAAAAGUAGUGGAGAUGAUCAUCUAGGAGUUUCAGCAAUGAAAAUGAAGAGGAUAAAAGGAAGAAGAAAGGUAAGGGAACCUAGGUUUUGCUUCAAGACCAUGAGUGAUGUGGAUGUGCUGGAUGAUGGUUACAAAUGGAGAAAGUACGGCCAGAAAGUGGUAAAAAACACCCAGCAUCCCAGGAGCUACUAUCGGUGUACGCAAGAUAAUUGCCGGGUAAAGAAACGAGUGGAGCGACUAGCGGAGGAUCCGAGAAUGGUGAUUACCACCUACGAAGGGCGGCACGCUCAUUCUCCGUCGCAGGAUUCCGAGGACUCUCACCACCCUCACUCUCACCUUAACAAUUUCUUCUAGCACCCCCAUCUAAACCAUAUAUAUUUUGUAUACAUUAUCUUUAUAUUUGUUUUUAACUUUUUUUUAAUGAGAUAGAAUAAUUUUUGUUUAUGAUAGUAUACAGAUAUUAAUGCAAUGAUCUUAUAUCAAUGAAGUAAUUAUGGUUGAAUAAAAUUGAAAGGAUAAUGUUUGUAUGUA